AUGGAUCAAAGGCUUUUUGAGGCUUCUCUAAGUGGAAACAUCCAACUUCUGCACCAGAGAUGCUUGCAUAGAAUCCACUCCUACUCCAUAUAUACUCUUGCUCUAGAUGCUACAGAGAACCCCCUACAUGUUGCUUCACUUGCUGGCCAUGUUGGCUUUGUUAAGGAGAUUGUAAGGUUAAAACCAGCUUUGGCCAAAGAAAUGAACCAGGAUGGCUUUAGCUCUAUGCAUAUCGCAUCUGCCAACGGAUAUCUGGAGAUUGUAGAGGAGCUUCUUAAAGUUGAUCUAAGACUAUGCCGGCUAAAGGGAAGAGAUCAAUGGACUCCUCUUCAUCAUGCUGCAAGGAGAGGAAGGCUAGAUAUUGUCAGAGAGAUAGUCUUGACUUGUCCAGAAAGUAUUGAAGAUGUGACAGUACAAGGGGAAACUGCUUUGCAUCUUGCUGUUAAGAACAGUCUGUUUGGAGCUGUUGAAGUUCUGAUGGAACUGGUCACAAAAAUGAGGAACGUGGACAUCCUGAAUGCCAAGGAUAAGCAUGGCAAUACAGCUCUGCACUUAGCAACAUGGAUAAAACAACACCAGGUGGUGGAAUGGUUAAUUAGAACCGGAACUAGUACCACAAGUUCAUUGGAAGUAAACAUUGUAAACCAGACUGGUCUCACUGCUCUUGAUUUGCUAUUAAUUUUCCCAAGUGAAGCUGGUGAUCGAGAAAUCAACGACACUCUUCGUAAUGCUGGAGCUUUGAGAGCACAAAACCUAGUCCAUUCUGCUAUACCGUUAGUUGAGUCUGAUAACCAAACCCUCUUGAAUUGCCCUGUGGAAACGGGGACAUGUCACUUGCAGCAUCCAAAUGACAUCACUGAAUACUUCAAGUUCAAAAAGGGUAGAGAUUCUCCUAGUGAUGCCCGCACCGCGCUGUUAGUUGUAGCUGUAUUGGUGGCUACAGCGACAUUUCAAGUAGGACUAAACCCUCCAACCGGUAUAUGGCAGGACACUGAGCUGAAAGGGAAUGGGACUAGCAGUGAAACAGCACACAUUGCAGGAACAUCCAUUUUGGGGUCUUAUAGCGCACCUUCAUUUGUGGCUAUUGUGACUUUCAACUCCAUUGGUUUUUCAGUUUCACUUUACAUGAUCAACCUCCUCACAUCCAAUUUCCCUAUGCAGUUGGAGCUUCAGAUCUGUAUGGUUGCCAUGUACUGUACAUAUAAUACGGCUAUGAUUAACAUUGCACCAAAGAACACAAGAAGCUUUGUUGUUGUAUUUACUUCUGUUUUGCCUACUGCUGUAUCACUUGCUGCCCCAUCGCUUAGGCAACUUUUUAUCAGGCUUGUACUACCUCUGGUGAAUUCAGCACGGAGAUUCAUUCGUUCCAAUUACCAAAACUUUUGCAUUUCUGGACAUUUGCCUCCGACAUGAGUGCAACCUCAUUGUAAUACAAAAUAAAACUUCAAUAGCUUUUGGUAAUGGCUUGUAAUCUGAUAUUUAUGUUCAAUAGUGUUGUUAUAGUACACACAUACUGUUUUGCACAAAAACUUUCCAUGUUGAGGAUCAAUUGUUCUUCUCCUGCAUGACAUGGGGAAUGAAGAGUGCAGACCGGAAAACCUUUGUUUAUAAAUAAAUGUCCUUUGUAUUCUCAGAUUGUAAACUGUUGAAUUUCUGUUG